CAGGCUAUGGAGAGCUGAACGGCAACGCAGGGGACAGAGAGGUGUCGCUGAAGGGGCUGUGCUCGGAGGAGACCCCCAGCCCCGCGUCCAGGGUGCCCAAUGGCAGCCAGCAGCUCGCAGACACUAAUGUGACCCCGAAGCCGUCUGUGAAGGGCAGCGCUCUGGGGAAAGCCGCCAUCAAACCCAAGAACUUCGUUCCGAAAAAUAGCAUGGACAAAAAGAAUGAGAAGCCCUACGACAACAAACUCAGAGAAAGUCAGCCCGCCGACAAGGCGGAGGGGGUGUCCGUUCCCAACGGCGUGGUGACCGGCGGUGCCGGCUACAUCACUAAUGGCUACGUAGGGAAAGGGGCCGACAACGAUGGCAGCGGCUCCGAGAGCGGCUACACCACGCCGAAGAAACGGAAAGGCAGGCGCAACAGCGCCAAGGGCUGCGAGAGCUUGAACCUGGUGCAGGACAAAAUCAUGCAACAGGAGGUCGGCACGCCGGCCCUGAAACAGGAACUGGAGAGUUUCAAGCCCGAUUAUAGUGAACAAAAGGGGAACCGAGUUGAAAAUACAAAGCCUGUUUGGAAAUACGAGGCGGGGGGCGGUGGAGCGGGCCGGGGAAAGCCUGGGCUCGGCGACGUGCAGAGGAAAAACUCGGAUGCCAAACCUGGGAUUAGCAGCAAGAAGUUCGAUGACCGGCCCAAAGGGAAGCACGCUUCGUCGGCUGCGUCUAAAGAAGACUCGUGGACCUUAUUUAAGCCGCCCCCGGUUUUUCCAGUGGACAAUAGCAGUGCUAAAAUCGUUCCCAAAAUAAGUUAUGCAAGCAAAGUUAAGGAAAACCUCAACAAAGCAGCUCAGACCCCAUCUGCGUCUUCAUCGUCAUCGUCUUCGUCAUCUGCCGGGGAGACUCAGCCCCCGCCGUCGAGUCGGCUGUCCCAGGUCCCCAUGUCUGCUAUGAAGUCCGUCACUUCUGCUAGCUUCUCCAACGGGCCCAUCCUGGCUGGGACGGAUGGAAGCGCGUACUCCCCGGGCAGCCAGCCCCUGCUCGCCUCCGCUGCUGCUGCUCCUGCUGCUGCUGUCCCGCCCGCCCCCGCUGAGCCAGUGCCCCCAGACGUCGGCGCAGCCCCGGCGGCUCUGGAGCAGAAGAAAUCCAGCCUUUUUAUCUACCCUUCCAAUAUGCAAACCGUGCUGCUGGGUACGGCGCAAGUCGAUUUCCCGUCGCAGACAAAUCAGCAGAACCUGGGAGAUAUCUUCCAGAACCAGUGGGGCUUGUCGUUCAUCAACGAGCCCAGCGCCGGCCCCGAGACUGUCGUGGGGAAACCCGCCGAUAACCAGCCGAUGGAAGUGACGUUUCAGGGGGAGUAUCCUGCCGCCUUGGUUUCGCAGUGCGCUGAAAUCAUUCCCUCAGGAACUGAGCAGCCCGUGUUCCCCAAGGCGUACGAGCUGGACAAACGGACUAGCCCCCCGGUGCUCGGCGCUGCCGCCAAGCCUGGGACUGCUGGCGAGGCCGGCGGCGCAGCCCUGGAGUCGCAUCACGCCGGCGAGCUGCAAAAGGCAGACGCCGGCAGCCAAGGUGCUUUAGUGUUUCUUUCAAAAGACUAUGAAGUAGAGAAUCCUCUGGCCUCUCCCACGAACAAUUUGUUAGCCUCCGCCAAAGAACAGGGGUACCAGAGAGGCCUAGAAAGGAAAGAUAGCUGGGGUUCUUUUGACCUGAGUGCUGCUGUUAAAUAUCACACUAAAGAAAUGGAAGCGGUUUGGAAUUUGCAGAAGCAAGAUCCCAAAAGGAUAAUCACCUACGACGAAGCCAUGGAUCACCCGGAUCAAUGAAGGUAGCAAGACAAGACUGCCUGUUAUAACCUUUCUGCAGCAUUUGUGCUGUCCGUGGGGGACAAAAGGCUUUUAUGCUCCUUCUAAAUCUUCAGUGCAGCAGAGGAACCGUAAUUAGAAUCACAGGAUAAUAUAUACAAAUAUAUAAUAUAGUUAUUUAAAAAUGGCGACUGAAAGUAAUUAGACUUCUUAAGGAAUCUGAAAAUUUAUUUCAACGAGACUACACACGUGAUUAUUUAAUCUCCGGUACUGAAUAGAUAUUUUUUUUUCCUCAUUAUUUUUGUUUUGUUUCCUUUUGUUUUUUUUUUUGUUUGUUUGUUUAAAGAGUGAAUGCAAGUGAUUAACGAAUACAGACUCAAUUUGCAAGCCCGGUUCUAAAGUUCCCGCUGUCGUCUGCAUGGGCAACAGCAACCCACUGGAGAGGCAUUUCCACUUGACGAGGUCUCUGUCUCUUGUUCUGUGACUGUAAUGACACACUAACCACAGGGAAAUCGGGAUGAUCCGCCAUCCUCCAUCUCCCCUUCCCCUUUUUUAUCAUUUUUCUUUUUUCUUUUUCCUGUUCCGUUUUCCAUUGAACGCUGGAGAAACACCUUGAAGUUUGCAGUUUUGUUUUUUUUUUCUUUUUUUUUUUUUUUUUCUUUUCCAGAGAAUUCUAAACGCAUCUUUUGCCAGGAGUAAAGCAGCCAGCCCUAUUCUGGGAAAA